CGCUCUCCUUUCUUCUUGUCCGUUCCAGUUUCGACAGUAAUGUCAUCCUUGCGCAGGGCUGCCCUCUCCGCUAGCCGCCUUUUCAGUUAUGGUUUUACAAACUGCAUGCCCUUUAACAAGUCCCUCUACCAGUUUUCCUCCAUUCGAUCCAUUUUCGCCUAUCUAACCUCUAAGAGCAAACUUGCCCCUUCUGCUGGCGGCCGCAUCAUUGCCGUAAUUGGGGCAGUCGUUGACGUUCAGUUUGAUGAUAAAUUGCCACCUAUUCUCAAUGCCAUGGAAGUUAUAGGUCGAGAACCCAAGUUAAUUCUGGAGGUGGCUCAGCAUCUCGGUGAAAAUACUGUCCGUGCUAUUGCCAUGGAUGGUACCGAGGGCCUUGUCCGUGGCCAAAAAUGCGUUGAUACUGGUUCUCCUAUUAGCAUUCCCGUUGGUCCCGAGACUCUAGGAAGGAUUAUGAACGUUAUCGGUGAUAGCAUCGAUGAGCGUGGUCCUAUCAAAACAUCCAUGAAAUCUGCUAUUCAUCGGGAAGCCCCUGAUUUUGUUGACAUGAGUACCGACCAAGAGAUCCUUGAAACAGGCAUUAAAGUUGUUGACCUCCUCGCUCCGUAUGCUAAGGGUGGCAAGAUAGGUCUCUUCGGUGGUGCGGGUGUUGGCAAGACUGUCUUGAUUAUGGAGCUUAUUAAUAAUAUCGCUCGUGCGCAUGGUGGCUACUCUGUAUUUGCCGGCGUUGGGGAGAGGACUCGUGAGGGUAAUGAUUUGUACCAUGAAAUGAUAACUACGGGUGUGAUUGAUCUUAAGGGAAAUGCCUCUAAGGUUGCUCUUGUCUAUGGCCAGAUGAACGAACCACCUGGAGCUCGCGCUCGUGUAGCCCUUAGCGGCCUUACUGUGGCCGAGUAUUUUAGGGACCAGGAGGGCCAGGACGUUCUUCUUUUCAUUGACAAUAUUUUCAGAUUCACCCAAGCUGGGUCAGAAGUGUCAGCUCUUCUUGGUCGUAUCCCAAGCGCCGUUGGAUAUCAGCCUACUCUAGCCACUGAUAUGGGUACUAUGCAAGAAAGAAUAACUACUACCAAAAAAGGCUCUAUCACGUCCGUUCAAGCUAUUUAUGUACCUGCUGAUGAUCUAACUGAUCCUGCCCCUGCCACUACAUUCGCCCAUCUCGACGCGACUACUGUCCUCAGUCGUGGUAUUGCCGAGUUGGGCAUAUAUCCCGCUGUCGAUCCUCUUGAUUCUACUAGCCGUAUCUUAGAUCCCAAUAUUGUUGGCGAAGAGCACUAUUCCGUUGCCCGUGGCGUUCAGAAGAUUCUUCAAGAUUAUAGAUCCCUUCAAGAUAUCAUUGCUAUCUUAGGUAUGGAUGAAUUAUCAGAAGAAGAUAAGUUAACCGUCUCCAGAGCAAGAAAGAUCCAAAGGUUUUUGAGCCAGCCCUUCCAAGUCGCUGAGGUCUUUACUGGACACGAGGGGAAGCUUGUUCCUCUCCAAGAGUCUAUUAGAGGCUUUAAGAAGAUCAUCGAUGGCGAAAUGGAUCAUCUGCCUGAAAUCGCCUUCUACAUGGUUGGCGCCAUCGAAGACGUUGUUGCCAAAGCUGGUCGAAUAGCCGAAGAAUCUAAAUGA